UCUUUAUCAUAAUUAAUGACGUCAUACGUUGAUACUCGUCACCAGAAUGAGGUCAGGAGCAAGGUCGUGGAAGCGUCUGUCGGGAAUCUAUACAAAGGCAUUAUGGCGGACGAAGGACACGUUGGGGAAGAGAAACCCAAAGAAACUGUCAACAGGACAGUUCUACAGCUGUUAAUACUUUGCCUUCUAAUUGAAAGCACCAUCUCUGUUGAUAGGAACAACUUUAAAACAUGCCAGCAAAGCAGCUUUUGUAGGAGAAACAGAGGCAUCCAAGAAGGCAACAGUCCUUACUCCAUUUUGCAAGAUAGUGUCAAAUUUGAUUCAGAUUCCAUAAAAGCCAAUCUUUUGAAUUCAAAAAAUAAUGUUUCUUUAGCCCUUACAAUUGAACCUUUAGAAAAAAACACAGCAAGAAUAAGGGUUAGAGAAUCAAACCCAAUCCGACCUAGAUAUGAAUGCAAAGAUUCUCUUGAUAAAGAACCUGCCAAAGUUAGCUACACAAAGGAAAAGGAAGAUGCAACUGGCUGCAGCAUAAAGUUUGAUGGAAACUCAAUUGCAUUGACUUACAAGCCUUUCAGACUAGACUUUUUUCAAAGUGGUGACCUUGUUUUAACUAUGAACAGCAGAGGCUUGAUGAAUUUUGAACACUAUCGACUUAGAAAGAAUAUUGAAGAGAAUGCAGAACACCCUAGUGAACAGGAAAUUAAUGAUGGGGAACCACCAGAGAAAAAGGCAAAAGAAGAUAGCAGUGAAAACAGUGAGCAGGGGGAGCAAUCAGAGAAAAAGGAAGAAAAUAAAGAAGAGGAGAAAUCUGAUGAUGCAAAAGAAGAGAAAAAGGCCAGUGAAGAUGAAGAAGGGAUGUGGGAAGAAUCUUUCAACAGUCAUGAAGACACCAAGCCACGAGGACCAAGCGCAGUAGCCCUGGACAUUUCUUUCACCGGAUUUGAUCACGUGUACGGCAUACCUGAGCAUGCAGAUUCAUUGGCUCUCAAGCAAACGACGGGUGGCGAUCCUUACCGCUUAUACAGCCUGGAUGUAUACAAGUACGAACUGUACAACCCAAUGGCAUUAUACGGAUCUAUCCCAUUCAUGAUUGGACACAGUAAACGUCGAACUGCUGGUGUAUUCUGGAACAACGCAGCUGAAACCUGGGUGGACAUCAAAUCUUCAAAGUCAAUGCUGAGCUCUUUGAUGUCGUUUUUCAAGUCUGAAGAAGCUGUUCCGGAAAUGGAUACUCAUUGGAUUUCUGAAAGCGGGAUCAUAGACGUGUUUGUGUUGCUUGGGCCUAAACCACAUGAUGUCUUCAAACAGUAUGCCACUUUAACAGGGACAACCCCAAUUCCACCGCUUUUUGGAAUUGCAUAUCAUCAGUGCAGAUGGAACUAUAACGACGAAGAAGAUGUUAAAGGUGUCGACGCGAAUUUUGACACUCAUGAUAUCCCUUAUGAUGUAAUUUGGCUUGAUAUUGAGCACACAAAUGGAAAACAAUAUUUGACCUGGGACACGGCAAAGUUUCCAAAUCCAAAGGAAAUGCAAGACAAUCUUGCGACACGUGGCCGAAAGAUGGUAACAAUUGUGGACCCACACAUCAAGAGGGACUCUAGUUAUCAUAUUCACUCUGAAGCAAGUGAGAAAAAUCUCUAUGUACUGAACAAAGACAAACAGCAAUAUGAAGGAUGGUGUUGGCCAGGAUCAUCUUCGUGGCUAGAUUUCUGUAACCCGGAAAUCAGAGAGUGGUGGGCAACUCGUUUUGCCUACGACAAAUAUGAGGGCUCAACACCAAACCUUUUCACGUGGAAUGACAUGAAUGAGCCGUCAGUUUUCAAUGGACCAGAAAUUACCAUGCACAAAGACGCAUUGCAUUAUGGGGAUUGGGAGCAUCGUGACGUCCAUAAUAUAUUUGGUGCAUACGUCCACCAAGCAACUAUGAUGGGCCAAAUUCAGCGGAGCGGAGGAAACGAAAGACCUUUUGUUCUUUCAAGGGCCUUCUUUGCUGGCAGUCAGAGAUUUGGCGCUGUUUGGACCGGCGAUAAUGCGGCGGAAUGGGACCACUUGAAGAUAUCGAUCCCAAUGUGCUUGUCAAUUGGAAUAGCUGGACUUCCGUUCGUUGGAGCUGAUGUUGGUGGCUUUUUCGACAACCCAAGCACGGAACUUCUUGUCAGAUGGUACCAGGCUGGAUCGUUCCUUCCAUUCUUCCGCGCGCAUGCUCACCUUGAUACCAAACGGAGAGAGCCAUGGCUUUUUGACGACAACACGAAAGCUUUCAUCCGAGAGGCAAUCAGAAGACGCUAUAUUCUCUUGCCAUACUGGUACACACUGUUCCGUGAGACUUCCAUCAAUGGAUCACCAGUCAUUAGGCCUCUUUGGGUGGAAUAUCCUGACGAUAGCAAAACCUUUGACAUUGAUGAUGAAUACCUUGUUGGCAAAGAUUUGCUGGUCAAACCAGUAACUGCAGCCGGACAAACGAGUGUGGAUGUUUACUUUCCAGGUGGAGAAAAAGAGCUUUGGUUUGACGUUGAAGACUUUUCAACUGUUUACAAUGGCGGACAGCAAGUCAAUGUAGCUGCUCCCCUUCAUAAGAUUCCCGUGUUCCAAAGAGGUGGAAGCAUUAUUCCACGCAAGGAGCGUGUCCGCAGGUCAUCUUCGCUCACGCAUAGAGACCCAUACACGCUGUUGGUGACACUAAACUCUUCGAUGGAAGCCUAUGGAGAGCUGUAUGUUGACGAUGGGCACAGUUUUGAAUACAAGAAUGGAAAAUAUAUCAUGAUGAAAUUUCAAAUGACUGGAUCAAAUUUCAUUGCUUGGCAUGAUCAUUCGAGCUUCGAAACGAAAGCAUGGAUAGAACGAAUUGUCAUUCUCGGUGUUACCAAACCCUUCAAAUCAGCCACCCUAAUGGCAGUCAAUCAAAUGAAAAAACUUGACGUUGGCUACAUCGCUCAGAAGAAAAUCUUUGUCAUCAAGAAACCAGAGAUUAAUAUUGGCAAUGACUUUUCAAUUGUUUUCGAUUAGCUGAACUCAACAAAUUAUUAUUGACUCCGUAAAAGGACAAUCCGAAGAUAAUAUUUUAAUUGUUGGUCAAAAGAUGUAUUUGGUUGUCCAGUUCACAAGAACUCUGGCACCUCCUCUUUCAAGCAUAGGAUCUGUUGCAUAAUAGUGUCAUUUUGCGUUUCCGAUCCCAAACAUGUUCUCGAUGUCUCUUUAGGCUCAAUAAUCUGUUACUGAACAAUCAGAAGUUAGAUAAGAGGCAAAAGGCCCAACUAGAUUUGAAAAUUGCCAGAACUGCUGAAAUUCUAUCUACACCUACCCCCCUUCCCCCAUCCUCCUCCAAAGGUUGUCACUACAUUCUCAAGAAAGUCAGAAGAAAGCGUGCGUGAGAUUACGAUGUUGGUUACUCUUAUCAGUUUCAACCACCUCGGUUGUAGCGUUUUUAAUUUGCCUUUCAAAAGAGUUUCCUUCUAGAUCUCUCUUGAGUUCAGUUGUUUUCGUUCUUGUUCAAGUCACUGAUUUUUCAUUUGUAAGAUCGUACACUUGUCCCUGCUGUGAAACAGUCUUGUCAACGCCAUGUUUUGUCUGCACCAAUCUAUGUUUCUUUUAUGUUAGCGUUAAUGAACUAAAAGCAAUUUGAAAAUGCUUAAACGAAUAAAAAAUUUUAAUAGAUCGAUCAUGAAAUUUCUUUGAUGUUUUAAAUUGUAGCACUGAAAACUGAUGAAAUGCAUUAAGUGAC